UGCCUGUUAUGCUUCAAGCAGAUUUAUUCAGCCUUUUUCCUGUCACGUAGAUCAGGGCGGCAUUGCAGAUACCCAGCCGCUUUAUCUGUGCGAACUCUUUACUUUGCCAAGAUGGCCGAGGGCAUCGCUUUGCUGGCUGCUUAUGGAGAGGACGCCGAUGAACUCGAUGAGGAGGAAGAACAUCUGGAGACUGCGGCACUCCCUGAGACAAACGCCAAUACCUCGGAGGCGGACCAAGAGAAGGCUGAGGCAGUAGAGGUCGAUGAAAGUGUUGAAAGAAACGAUGCUGCGGCGGACAGAAAAGGAUCAGAGGGUGCGGCACAGACCAAAUUGAAAUUGGAUCAGAAUGGCGCUCUGAAAGCGGUCAGUGAACAAGCCACCGGGUGGAAGAGCCCCCCAGAAGAGCGCCGGAGUCCAAAAACUACGAGAACGCCUGGAGCGUCUCCUAUGGGUAGCCGAGCGGGUAGUAAGUCUCCCCUCGAUGUGGGGAGGUUAGGCAGGUCUCCUUUGGGACAGCGGAUGGGGUUAGCGGGAGUGGAUGAAAGUGAGGGGCACGAGCGAGCCCUAAGGGCAGGGUCAGCGGAGGCUUCUGGCAGAGGUUUAGAAGAUGAGGACGACUUGGCAGAUUUUAUGCCGCCUCCCCCAGAGGGCAAGUGCAGCGAUGAGCUGCAGCUGAAGUUUGCACGAUGGGUAGAGCUGUUGAAGCAGGGGAGGAGUUUUAACGAGUCAAUGCGGAGCUCGAAGCCGUAUCGGAAUCCAGACUUCCUGGCCAAGGUGGUGGCAUAUCACGAGAUUGAUGAGAUAGGGAGCUGCUUUGCGAAGGAUGUUUUUGAUCCCCACGGGCUGCCGGAGGAGGACUUCUAUGACAACCUGGCUACUGCGCAACGGCAAGAAGCGGAGCAGCGGGAGCAAGAGAAGCGGAAGCUUGGCAAGGUGGACUUUGUCAAGGGGGGAGUCCAGCCCCCCGCUGUGGCCGCCAUGGGACCGGAUGGCAGGCCCUUGUCUUUAGCAUCUAUACCAAAAGUGCUUACCCCUCCAGUCGCGAAAGUCACACCCCUUCCCCCAGCAGCGACAGCCGCUGCAAAAGUAACGGACAUCCGGCCCGGAAAGCGGACAAAAUGGGAUAAAGUGGAGGACAGGAGCGGCCUGCCCCCUCUGGAUGCAGUAGCAGUAGCACGGGAGCGGGCGGCAGCGUUAAGUGGGGGGGGAAGCCUGCGCCCGACACAUGCAAGCAGGAAAUGAGUUUGCGGCGUGAAAAACAUGCGGGAGUUCGUUUGGUUCAUAAUGAUUGGGGAUCACCGCAUUGGUGGAAGCAGGCAAGGUUUUGUACAUGACGUGGUCAUGGGAUGCCAAUGGAAUUGGAUCAACUAUUGCCCUCUCAUUCCCAUCUUUCGAAUCAACCGGACGAUAAGCACCCUUCCUCAUGCUCUUACUGCCCAAAUUGCUCGAUGCGAAGGUG